AUGGUAGCAGAGCCGAGUCGUGCAGACCACGACCGGCCGGACAUGAUGCAUCUGCUACCCGCCUCUUCUACCGCCUCCUCCUCCUCUUCUGACUCACGCGCAGCCAUGGCCCAUACCGACACGGCCAGCGAACCGACAUCGCCACCGUCCCCCCGCACGCCAUCGCCCAUCCUCGGCAGCAGGCAUGCCGCGCAUACCUACAGUGAAGCCGAUGGUCACUUGACAUUUCCCCAGGUGGGAGUCGGCCUCGGCACGAUGGAGCAGGAGAUGAACAUGCUUAUGGACCUCGAGAACCUCGAUCACGAUGACGACGCAUGCGACGUUGGCCGUGCGAAUGUCGCCGACGUCAUGGCCGAGCUAGAGCGCUUGGGGUAUGCACCCCCUGCUGCGGAUCACGAAGCGCUGCCGCUAGUGUCAGACGAUGCCCAGACACGCGACGCUCGUCUCGCCGACCUCGUGUGGCAGUUGGGUCGUCGUGUACAGAAGCACGAGCAGGCGCGUGAGCACUUACUGCACCGCUUGCGCGUGACGCGCUUGGCGUCUCUGUCCCUUUUUUCGUCUCUACGUAUCUCGUACUCGCAUAUGCUGCAGGCCGAACGAGAUAUCAAGGCGCGACUCGAAGUCGAGCUGUCCGGCUCCAAGAUCCAGUCCAAGAUGCUCAGUGAUAUGGUGUCGCGCGCCUCCAUUGCGCAAGAGGCCGACGACGACGAUGUGCGCCGCACGCCAGAUACGGAGCGCAGCAAGCUCCUGGCGGAUAAACGAUACCUGCGACAGCGCGUCAAGGAUGCGGAGGCGCAAGUCGCGCGCCUCGAAAAGGAGCUGCGCGACUUGCGACCCAUGCUGCUCCGCGCCACCAUCGAAGACGAGGCGCCCGACAGCACGCCACGCUCCAAGCUCCCGCAACGCCCUCGCCGACGCGAGGCGGUCAUGGGCGAUGCGACCGCCGAGCAUCUCAUCCUCGCCACGCGUAUGCUGCGGACUUUGCGCCAUGCCGCGCCACAUGGCCCGGACACGUCGCCGUCCAAGUCGCUCACCUCGACGCCGCGGCGGCCCCGCGAGACGUAUCCACCCACGACCCCCCAGCACCGACGCGAUGAGCUGACCAGCCCGGAGGCGCCCGCGUCCACACGCAGCAUGCCCUCGUCCACGUACUCGAGUGGCAUUGACGACUUAUUGCAUGCGGCACAGUCGCUCAGCUCGCACUACCAUCAGCCCGAUAUGAGCCCGACUCGCCCGACCCCUUGGCACCGCCGUGUGAGUCACGACGAGCUGCCUCUCUCGGCGCCGGUGCUCGGCAGUCCGAAACGCCGGCGUGUACUGAGCAUGGACGUGGACGAGACUCCGUCGGUCUCGGCGCUGGAUGUGCUCGCCAACCAGGCCGUGAGCGAGCAGCAUCCACCCAGCCCCACGACACCGCGUCGGUACUACGACCACGCGUCGUACCCGUACAUGCCCAGCGGCUCCACGAGCUUGCCGUCGUCCACGCGCACGACGCCCUCGAAGCCCAAGUCGAUGGGCGGCCAGAGUCCCGAGAAGCGCCUGCCGUACGUCCGCUGGUCCACCGACGAGGACAUCAAGCUGCGCCGCGCCAUCAAAGAGCAUGGCCAGCGCUGGGAAUACGUGGCACGAGCGGUAGGAACGCGCUCGUACCACCAGUGUCGGCAGCGGUACCUGCUGAUGCGCCGUAAGGAGGCAGCGGCCAAUGGGCUCACGUCCCCGAGCAAGAGCCAGGCAGGUAGCGCUCGGCCAAGCGGCCUCGCACCGCCGCCGGCGUCUCGAGACGACAAGAGCCCUAGUUCGUCGUCGGACACCGAGGCACUGCCGCCGCCAACCGCCUCGUCGUCUUCGACGGCACUCGAGACGGCGCAUCUAUUCCACGCACAGCACCACCACCACCACCCUCCCCAUGUUGCAUUGCCACCGCCCCUCUCCAUGCCUCAACAGGCUCUUCAUAGCUAA